AGAACAGCAAUUGAAUAGAGAUGGAGAAAGUGGUGUGUUGCACCGCUCUUUUGCUGGCCUUAUAUUUUGUGCAGGAGUCCAGCUGUUUUCCACGAUCAGUUUCUAAAUCAUCCUCCAAUCUUCUGAAAGCAAAGCUGCAGAGAAAAUCUAUUUUAUCACAACCGUUGAAUGUUGCCCAUGGAAACACUGCAUUCAAACGGCAAGGCAACCCUCCGCCGCCACCACCUCCACCCCUGCCACCAAUGUCUGUAUGGGAUUUCAUAGGAAUAACAAGAGAAGACUUCAUUGAUGACCACAAAGAUAAUCUUACGUCCGAAGUAAGGACCAGUAUUACAGAGGAAAUGGAGAAUAUAGUGACAAAUAUCAAGAGGGGCAUGGAAGAAUUUGCUAGGUACUUGUCCUGCAUGGUGAUAUCAAUGUCACAGGGGACGCGUUCAGUUGAUGCUGGCGCCGAUUUAAAUGCAGUUAAAACAGAUAUCGUGGCAGAGGAAGAGGCAGAGGAGAAGGAAUUGGAUGACUUGUUUAAGUAUCUUGGACUGGAAGACGAGGAGAAAGUUUUGGACAUGGUACAAAGCUUCCCGUUACCUAGAUAUGUGAAGGACUGUCAAAAGAGUCCAAUUAUAAUGGAUAUUGGCGAUGAAGACUUCGAUGAUGUACAAGAAUUUGCUGUGUGUUCAAGACUCGCUGCUCUACAUACCGAAAAGAAAAUGGAAAGUAAUGAUGGAGACACUCUGUCCAGUUUUGUAGACAGACUUGAAGAUUUCAUUGAUGGUGUUUUCUCCUUAACACGUCUUUACUUGGACUAUGAUUUCGAUGAGGGUAGUGAAACACGGCGCAAACUGAGCGAUGAAAAACUUAGAGAAAUCAAGCGAGUCCUGGAGAAGUACCUGAGUGCACCAUUAUAUAAGAAAUAAAGAUAUUUUUUUUUCUUUCUAAGUUUCUGGAUUAAAAGAAAAACUCAUUGUGUAAUAUUCAUAUAUCAAUCAAUAUCGGAUGAUUACAAUGUUCUCUUUGUAAACAAUUUGUUACCUUCUACUCUUAAUUACUCGGUUUCUUUAUAUAUAUGCCUAUAUACUAUUUGUACCUUUCCUCAUACAUUAUAUUUAUUCAAUAAAAACAAGAUUUUCUUUAAA